GUUGUUUUUUUGUGCAUGUCACCAUGUAUACCCUACAUUCAGCAUGGGAAGCACAGAUUCCGAAGUCCGACAUGCAUUCUACACUCUCUUCGAGCAGGAUAACACAUAAUCUCCUCUCCGGAUGAUCCAAUCCCUCUCCGCAUUCUAAACCUCGGCUCAAUCCAUACCUUACAUUCGCAAUCUCCACGCGAAGCAACACAACCUCCUCGCGUCAUUUAAACAUCUUCCACCCAUACACCUCUAUCUCCAGAACCCACUGUCUCCGUCCCUUCGUAAAACACGCCCAAAUUCACAAUGGCCUCGGAAAGUCCCAUCCAGAUCGAAUACCGCGGCAAAACCGCAAUCAUCACGCUCAAUGCCCCCAAAAAGCUCAACGCCCUCAGCGCAAACGACUAUUACCAGCUUGCCUCUGCUAUGAACGAGGUUGCAGCACGCGAUGACAUCUAUAUCACCGUCCUAACUGGCAAAGGUCGCUUCUUCAGCGCAGGCGCAGACGUAGCCUUUGGCUCGCAAACAGACGCUUCAUCACUGGACGAGCAACACAUGUAUCUCCGAAGUUUUGUCGCGAACAACCUCUUCAUAACCCACGCCUUCUACACCCACCCUAAAGUCCUCAUUACCGCCCUCAACGGCCCCGCAGUCGGCCUCUCCGCAGCCCUGAUCGGCUUCUCAGACUUCAUCUACAGCGCCCCGCACUCCUUCCUCCUCACCCCCUUCUCCUCCCUCGGUCUCGUGACAGAAGGCAAUUCCUCCAUCGGCUUCGUGCAACGCCUCGGUCUCGCAAAAGCGAAUGAAGCCUUGAUAAUGAGUAAGCGCAUCACCAACGACGAGUUACUGGCCACAGGAUUUGUGAAUAAGACGUUUGAUGCGGGGAAUGUAAAGGAUGAAGGAUAUAGUGAUAGGUUUCUCGGAAAAGUGCUGGAAGAGGUGGAGGAGAGGCUGGGAGAUCACUUGAACAGGGAGAGCCUGGUGCAGAUCAAAGCGUUGAUUCAGAAGCCGAUGCGGGAGGCGCUGGAUAGACAGGUGGUCGAUGAGGUCAUGGGUGGGUUGAAGAGGUUUUUGAAGGGGGUGCCGCAAGAGGAGUUUAGGAAGUUGGCGGUGGGAGAGAAGAAGCAUAAGCUAUAGAUAUGUUUUCUUGUCAUUUUGUUGGGCCUCUGGAGGCUGAGAAGAUGGGAGUAGAUCCUCGUAGUCAAAAAGCAUCAAGUCAUUACUACUUGAUUCUUGCUACU